AUGGAGGAGAUGGGGGAGGAGAGCAGCAGGUAUCCAUGGCAGGACUACGACAUCGGCUUCGGGGAGGAGCUCAUGAGGGAGCUCCUUGACGAGACGACGACGGCGCCAUCUCUAGCAGCAACACCAACGGCGCCCGGCGCCGUGAGCGCUGACAAUUCUUCUUCUUCCGAUAAGGGAAUUGGUGACGAGGAGGAAGGGGCGGCGGGGCGCCGGGAGUCCAUGGUGAACAGGCUCAUGUCGACGGUCUACUCCGGGCCCACCCUCAGCGACAUAGAGAGCGCCCUCUCCUUCACCGGCGCUGGCGCCGGCGACCCGCUGGACGGCCGCAGCAAGUACCACUACAGCCCCUCCAGCCCAGUGGUUUUCUCGCCGGAGAAGGUGCUGGGCAAGAUGGAGAACAAAUACACGAUGAAGAUCAAGAGCUGCGGCAACGGGCUCGCCGACGAUGGAUACAAGUGGAGGAAAUACGGCCAGAAAGCCAUCAAGAACAGCCCCAACCCAAGGAGUUACUACCGGUGCACGAACCCGCGGUGCAACGCGAAGAAGCAGGUGGAGCGCGCCGUCGACGAGCCGGACACGCUCGUCGUCACCUACGAAGGCCUCCACCUCCACUACACCUACUCCCACUUCCUCCAGCAGCAGACCAGCCCUCCACCCGCUGCCGCCACCAUUGCCUCAAGCUCCAAGAAGCCCAAGCUGCACCCCGCCGCCGGCGCCAUUACAGUCACAGACUCCCACCACGAGAGCACCCCUGUGACAACAACCUCGCCGCUCUCUGCCGCCGUCGUCCCUGCCGGCGCCGGAGACAGCAGCGGCGACAGCGGCGGUAACGUGACAGCCGACGCGGGCUUCCUGCUGGAGCACGCGGUGCCCAACUGCUCGGCGUAUCUGUUCGACGGCGGCUUGUUCAGUGAUGCAGGCGUGGAGCGGCGGAUGCCCAGCGACGCCGGAGGGCUCCUGGAGGACAUGGUGCCGCUGAUGGUCCGUAGGCCGUCUUGCAACUCGGCGGCCACCACCGCCAGCUCGUCGACAACGGUCGGCUCGCCCGCCGCGAUUGUGUCGUCGCCGUCGCCCUCCACAUCGUCCGUGUCCUGGACCCCCGCGUCGCCGUACAUCGACAUGGCCAUCCUCUCCAACAUCUUCUAG